AACCCUUGUGAAUGCAAUGUCUGUGGGAAAGGUUUCCAUCAUAGGUCAAAACUUAACAUACAUCGGAGGGCACAUACUAGAAGAAAUCCUUAUCAAUGCAAUGACUGUGGGAAAAUGUUUAUUAAUGACUCAAAACUUAUUUUACAUCAGAGGAUUCAUACUGGUGAGAAGCCUUUUAAAUGUAAUGAUUGUGGGAAAGUCUUCAGUCAUAGGUCAAAACUUAUUAUACACCAGAGAAUUCAUACUGGUGAGAAACCUUUUAAAUGUCAUGAUUGUGGCAAGGCCUUUAUUCGGAGUUCCCACCUCCUUCAACACCAGAGAAUUCAUACUGAUGAGAAGCCAUUUAAAUGUGAUGAUUGUGGGAAGGCCUUUAAUCAGAAUUCCAACCUCCUUCAACACCAGAGAAUUCAUACUGGUGAGAAGCCAUUUAAAUGUGAUGAUUGUUGGAAGGCCUUUAAUAGGAAUUCCAACCUCCUUCAACAUCAGAGAAUUCAUACUGGUGAGAAGCCAUUUCAAUGUAAUGAUUGUGGGAAGACCUUUAAUCAGAAUUCCAACCUCUCUGUUCACCAAAGAAUUCAUACUAGUGAGAGGCCAUUUCAAUGUAAUGAUUGUGGGAAGGCCUUUAAUCGGAGUUCCCACCUCCUUCAACACCAGAGAAUUCAUACUGGUGAGAAGCCAUUUCAAUGUCAUGAUUGUGGGAAGGCCUUUAGUCAGAGUUCCUACCUCCUUCAACACCAGAGAAUUCACACUGAUGAGAAGCCAUUUAAAUGUGAUAAUUGUGGGAAGGCCUUUAAUCAGAAUUCCAACCUUUCUGUUCACCAAAGAAUUCAUACUAGUGAGAGGCCAUUUCAAUGUAAUGAUUGUGUGAAGGCCUUUAAUCGGAGUUUGCACCUCCUUCAACACCAGAGAAUUCAUACUGGUGAGAAGCCAUUUAAAUGUAGUGAUUGUGGGAUGGCCUUUAAUCAGAGUUCGACUCUCCUUACACACCAGAGAAUUCAUACUGGUGAGAAGCCAUUUAAAUGUAAUGAUUGUGGGAAGGUCUUUAAUCAGAGUUCAAAUUUAAUUGUCCAUCAGAGAAUUCAUACUGGAAAGCUUAUUAAAAAAUCAUGAAUGUGGUAAAGAUUUCAAUAAGAGAACAAACUUCCUGGUACAUCAGAGAAUUCACACUGGUGAGGAACCUUAUAAAUGUGAAG